AAAAAAAAAACCUAAAUCCGUACAAUCUGAUAUUCUUUUUCACCUGCAGUCAAGCAGAUUAAAUUCGAUUUGCGUGUUCUUUCUUUUUGAUUGAAAAUAAGAAGAGGAGAGGGAAGUGAAAAGAAAAAAUACCAAAAAAAAAAAAAAAAAGAAGAAGAAAACUCUCCGUAGAAGGGGGAAAAAAAUUUCUUUAAAGGUUUUUGGACUGAGAUGGCGACGCAGGUUCAGAUGCAGGCAGUGACUGCGGGGGCUGCUGGAAGCGCCCAGUUUGUGACGUCGCUGUACGUGGGUGACCUCGACGUAAACGUGACGGAUUCGCAACUCUAUGAUCUCUUUUCCCAGAUGGGAGAUGUAGUAUCUGUUAGGGUUUGUAGGGACCUGACUAUCGGGCGGUCACUUGGGUAUGGUUAUGUCAACUACGGAAACCGUCAAGAUGCGGAGAGAGCCUUGGAGGAGCUGAACUUCACUCCUCUCAAUGGAAAACCUAUUAGGAUAAUGUAUUCUCAUCGAGAUCCCAGUGUGCGCAGAAGCGGUGCUGGGAACAUAUUUAUUAAGAAUUUGGACAAAGAAAUUGAUCACAAAGCACUACACGAGACAUUUUCUUCAUUUGGGAAUGUUCUGUCGUGCAAAGUAGCAACAGAUGCUUCCGGUCAAUCGAAGGGCUAUGGUUUUGUGCAAUUCACUAGUGAGGAAGCUGCCCAAAAUGCUAUAGAGAAUCUAAACGGUAUGCUUUUGAAUGGAAAACAAGUUUAUGUAGGACCUUUUGUUCGAAAGCAAGAAAGAGAGAUGUCAGUAGACAAGACAAAAUUUACGAAUGUGUUUGUGAAGAACAUGUCUGAAGAAACAAUUGAAGAAGACCUGAGGAAGAUAUUUGGUGAAUAUGGAUUACUCACCAGUGUUGUUGUGAUGAGAAAUGAAGAUGGAAAGUCAAAAUGUUUCGGAUUUGUAAACUUUGAGAAUGCAGAGGAUGCUGCUAGAUCUGUUGAGUUGCUUAAUGGUAAGAAAUUUGAUAACAAGGAUUGGUUUGUUGGAAGGGCCCAAAAGAAAUCUGAGAGGGAGCUAGAAUUGAAACUCCAAUUUGAGCAGAGUGUGAAGGAAGCAGUUGAUAAAUCACAGGGGUCCAACCUAUAUGUCAAAAAUCUGGAUGAUAGCAUUGGAGAUGAUGAGCUUAGGGAAGUGUUCUCUCCAUUUGGAUCGAUAACAUCAUGCAAGGUGAUGCGAGAUCCGAAAGGAAUAAGCAGAGGAUCUGGUUUUGUUGCUUUCUUAUCGCCUGAAGAGGCUUCUAGAGCUCUCUUAGAAAUGAAUGGCAAGAUUAUUGUUAGCAAACCUCUUUAUGUUGCCCCUGCUCAAAGGAAAGAAGAUAGAAGAGCACGGUUACAGGCUCAAUUUUCUCAAGUACGACCGAUUACUAUGGCACCUACAGUCGCUCCUCGUAUGCCAAUGUAUGCCCCGGGUGGUCCUGGUCUAGGGCAACAUAUAUUCUAUGGGCAACCUCCACCUGCCAUGAUUCCUCCACAACCUGGAUUUGGGUAUCAACAGCAACUUGUUCCUGGUAUGAGGCCUGCUGGGCCUCUCAUGCCAAAUGUCUUUCUGCCUCUGGUUCAGCAAGGGCAGCAAGGUCCACGUCCUGGUGGCAGACGCUCCAAUACUGUUCCGAUGCAGCAGAACCCACAACCAGUUCCAGUAAUGCAGCAACAGAUGCUUCCAAGGGGACGUGCGUACCGUUAUCCUCCUGGGCAUGGAAUGCCAGAUGGUCCCAUGCAAGGUGUGGCUGGGGGUAUGCGCUCUGUCCCAUAUGAAAUGGGUAAUAUGCCCUUGCGUGAUGUGAGAAUGCCUCAGCCAAUCGGGGCUUUGGCAUCUGCUCUUGCAAAUGCAUCCCCAACGGAACAGAGGACUGUAAGCAUUUUCUCCCACGUCCUUUACUGAUUAGUUCAUUUUACA